AUGGGAUUAAAGGACGUAUUCAAAGACAUGAAACGAAAUGUCAAGUCAAUUGACAGCACAAUUGAUAGGACAGAUCAAGAAUUGGAUCAUGUGGCAAGAGUACUCGAUAAUGCUGAAGAGUUAAUUGAUCAAAUCAAAGAGACAGUGUCGCACUCUGACCAGCUUAUGAAUAAGAUGGAAGGAUUACUGGAUCACUCUGACUCGUUAAUGCAUCGAGUAGAGACUACUGUCAUGAGCGAUGAAAAGUUCACAAUAAUAUUUCAAGCAAUAUUACUGCUAAUACUUUUAGCUUCAAUGUGGAUUUUACAAAUGGUCUAUGGUUCAAUGUUUGACCAUGGUGUUGGGUUAAUCACAUUUCUAGGAGCGUUUGCAUUGCGUGUUUCUCAAGCUAUCGUUUUUCUAAUCAUCUUUAGAUUGAUUAUUGAGUGUGGAAGAUAUAUUUUGUUUCAAAAGAUAGAGUUCAAAGAAACAGAAAAGAAGAGAGUUGUAAACGGAACGGAGGAGAUUGUCACUCGAACCUAUGAGCUGGUGCCAUCCCUAGCCCCAAUGAAUUCAUCAACAGCUGCCGCUGCUAACACUGCUACUGCUGCCACUACAACUGCACAUGUUGCAACGAACGCGAUUGCUUCAGCUUCAUCCAACAACGACCAACAAGAUACAAACAUUUCGACUCCUCCAAUUCAACCUUCUCAUCUCAUCAGAAGGGAAUCCAUUGAACAAAACGGUCACGACCCACAUAACAACAGUAACGGUAUAACAACACCAAAGGCACCCAGUGGAAGCUCUCUCUCUUCCUAUUCUUCUCUUGUAGAUUCUGCAAGAUCAUUCCCAAAAGAGCCAUCCGCGAACAUGAAUGAUAGAGGGCUGGCAAGAGAUACUGUUGGUCUACCUCCUGCAUCUUCGAAAACCCAACUGUGA